AUGACGUCUGAAAACAGUGAUGGAAGCAUUCAAUUGAGAGGUUUUGCUAAUGAAAUAAAAACGCAUGAAGAACUUAUGACUGUUGUCUUUCCGAAUUUGGAAGUGAAAUUUAAAGAUCAUCCCUGGUUAUGUGAAAGAGCUAUUCUAUGCCCUAAAAAUGAGGACGUCACAAUCACAAAUGAUACUUUACUGACACGUUUGCCUGGACCACUCCGAACAUACAAGUCCAUUGACACUGUUUAUGAAAAAGACGAAGUGGUUAAUUACCCCACAGAAUUUCUGAAUUCUCUUGAGAUCUCGGGAAUCCCACAACACAAAUUAAAUUUAAAGGAAGGGGCACCUAUUAUGUUGCUAAGAAACUUGGAUCCUCCUAACUUGUGUAAUGGUACAAGAAUGAGUAUCAAGAAAUUACAUAACAAUAUAAUCGAAGCAACAGUGUUAACUGGACCAGCAGCAGGAACUGAUGUCUUGAUUCCAAGAAUACCUAUAAUUCCAUCAGACAUUCCAUUUCAAUUUAAAAGGCUCCAAUUUCCCAUCCGUUUAAGUUUUGCCAUCACGAUAAAUAAGGCACAAGGACAAACCUUAAAAGUAGUUGGUGUAGAUUUGCGGACCCCUUGCUUCUCACAUGGACAGUUAUAUGUUGCAUGUUCUCGUGUUGGCUGUAGAGACAAUUUGAACAUCCUUUGCACCGAAGGGAAAACUACAAAUGUUGUUUAUCCGGAAGCUCUUAAAGAUUGA